AUAUUAUUACGUUGCAAUAAGAUAUCAACUCAUAACAGGAUAGAUGUUGCUACAGUGUAAUGUGAUAGUGUGACUUGCACUUAGUGCGUUAUUAGUUUAGAUUGUGAAUAUUUAUGCAAAUGCAUAUUUUUUUUAUAUAUAACAUAUAAAUUUUCCAUAUUUUAUAUAAAAAAAAUGUAAUUGUUGAACAUGUUACAUAUAUAUGUUUUGUGUAUUAUACAUAUUUUUUUAAAGUUACCAGUUCUAUUUGCAAAAUUCGAUUUAACUCGUAUUACGAUUUAUGAAUUAUAAUUCAUGAUACUUUCAUAUAACUGUCGUCACAUGAUCUGUUUAUAUAAUAAUUGUAAUUCGGGUUUAUCUUUUAAUUCUUUUUCGAAAUACUAAUAAUUGAUAGCAUUAAUUCAUUCAUUCACAAUGCCUAAAGAAAAGAGAGUUAAGCGAAUUGCAUUAAACAAAUGGAUGAAUGAAAUAAACGAUAAACAUUUUAUUAUCGAAGGUGAUAUCGUUAAUUGUCAAGCGUGCAAUAAGCAGAUUAAUUGUCAUAAAAAAUCACAGUUAACGCAGCAUACAAAUACUACUAUACAUAAACAAAAUACGGGAUUGAAAAAUAAUUCGGCAACAAAUGGAAAUGAUCGAGUUACGAAUAUAAAUCAAUUUUAUAACGAUAUGUAUGAAGCUAUGGUGGCCGCAAAAAUCCCAUGGCGAUGUUUAAGUAACCUAACUUGGAGAAAUUUUUUGGAAAAAUAUACCGACCGAAAUGUACCAAACGAGAUCACUUUAGUAAAAAACAAUUAUUUGCAAAAUCUUUAUCUAUCAUGCAUUCGAAACAUUCGAAAAGAUAUCGAUGAAUAUAAUAUUUGGAUUUCCAUAAAUGAAACUACAGACAGCGAUGGUCGUUUUAUUAUUAAUUUGGUUGUUGGAAAAAUGUGCGAAAAAGAAUCAUCGGAGCCACACUUGCUUGCUUGUAAAAAAUUGGAAAAAACAAAUCAUGUUACUAUUGCUAAAUUUGUUGAUUCGUCGAUACGAAUGUUAUGGUCAAACGGUGAAAAUAAUUAUAAUGAAAGAGUUUUGUUUUUAAUUACGAAUGCAAAUUCGUACAUGUUAAAGGCUGGAAAAAAAUUAAAAAUAUAUUAUCCAAAAAUGUUACAUCUAACGUGUCUGUUAAAUGGUAUAAAUAAAUCGUUAGAGGAAGUACGAUUUCAUUAUUUCCAUGUAAGCACAUUAAUAUCUGCAAUUAAACAAGUAUUUUUACAAUCACCCCAUCGUAUAGCAAUUUAUAAAGAUAAAUUACCAAACGUUCCACUUCCACCGCAACCGGUCAUUACAAGAUGGGUAACUUGGUUAGAGGCAGCAUUAUUUUAUGCAAAAUAUUUAAAUACUAUAAGAGAGGUAAUUAUGUCAUUUCAUGAAAAAGAUAUAUCGAUUAGAAUUGCAAAGGAAAUACUCGAGAAGGAAAAUUUAAAUAAAGAUUUAAUAAAUAUCGAAAUACUUUAUGAACAUUUUCUUUUUAAUAUUCAAAAAUUAGAAAAUCAAAAGAUGACUUUGACCGAAUCUAUGGGAAUAAUUAAACAAAUUGCAAAAGAUAUUGAUAAUAUACCCGGUUUGUUUGGAAGAAGAAUAAAAGGGAACUUUAUUAAUGUAUUACAAAGUAAUCCUGGAUAUUAUUCAUUAUCGAAAAUUGAACAAAUUUUAAAUGAUACAUCUAAUGAAGGACCUAAGGAUACUUUAGUACAAUAUUGGAAUAAAUUUAAAUAUGUACCAAUCACGUCUUGUGACGUAACUAGAUUAUUUCCGGCUUAUAAAUUAAUAUUUUCGGACAAACGAUACAAUUAUCCAAUGGAAACUUUCGAAAAAAUGAUUAUUAUAUAUUGCAAUGCAAAUUAUGAUUAAUAAAAAACGAUAAUAAAAUUAAUAAUAUUU